CAGCCUUAAACAUCAAAGAAAAAUACCGAUGAAAUCAAAACGAAUAUAUUUUCUGUGUUCAUUGAUUGCGAGCACGCCGAAUAAAGUCUAUGGAGAACAAGACCGGUGAAUGUUCCAGUUACUUACUGAAACGACAGGAGCGAGUCUCGGUCGAGGAACACCAACGGAUCUACAUAAAGAACACUCAGGUAACGCAGGUAAGGGAACUCUUCCGCCGUCCGGUGGUUAGAGUUUCCGGUUCCACCUUGAUAAAACCAAAAGCGACGGGUUCAUUUUCCUCUGGGAAAAUCCAACAAACUCUCCAGAAGGUGGAAGUCCUAAACGUGAGGAUCGGCAAUGAGUUAAAUAGGUUAGAGCGCUUUCGUAAUCAUUUUCUGGAAGUCAAAGAAGCUAUGAGCCGAUCUCCGCGUCCAGAGGAGGCGAAGGAAAAAAACAUGACUUGGAGCCAGAGCUUGAAGGCGAAUCAAGCGAAAGAGAGUCCUCUGUCCGUCAAUAGGAGUCCUGCAUCCGGUUCUCAGCAGAAAGUUAAGUGGGCCAAGUGCCGGACCAUCGCAAUCGCAGUCACGGAUAAUUCAUCAAACGCCAAAAGAGCCAGGGGAGGUUACUGUUGUAAUUGUGAUUAUUGUACUCAAGACAUCCGAGGUGUGUACCAAAACAGGUAUGGAACUACUCCCUGCUGCAACUGCAAGGGCAGCUGGGACAUGGGGUAUCAUCAACAGUGCUGUGCUUACGGUGAUCUCUGUGGAGAGACCCCAUUACCCCAUCAGGGUACACAAUUUGGAAUAUCUUAUAACAUGUAUCCGCGUCCAACUUGCAGAAGAUUAGUGACCGACCUAAAUACAGAGGUAUUUUGCCGCCACUGGCGUCCGAAAAUCGAACGUUCUUUAUCACCAAAGGAGCGAAAGGGUUGUGGACCUCAAGUUAAAUGCCAGGAGAAAAGAAAUCCCUCUAAAAUUGGAAAGUGCAUUAAUAAUAAAAAACUAGAAUGUAAUGUUAAGAGGGAGGCUACUUCAAUAGUUCAGAAUAAAUGUAGAAAACCUGAGAAAGCGAUAAAAAUUCAACAGAAGAAGAGGCACGAGUCUACCAAGGAUCAUGGACAAAAGAAAUGCAAGCCGAUAGACAGCCAUUUUGCGUCUUUGAAAGGAAUGCCCUGUAAAGCUCAACCAUCCAAGGUUUGCACAGAUGAACUUAAGGAUGAAAUCAAUUCCCAAAGUUAUCAAGAUUAUUUCAAUCUGUAUAAUCAACAAAAUUGCAAGCCUCUGGAUCCGUAUCCGUAUUCGACAUACACAAGAAUGGCGGGUAAGGAUGAAACGAAAUUACCAAAACUUAAGGAUACUAGUUAUUCAGAUAGGAUAACGGACCAUUAUACGGAGAACUCAUAUUCAUUUGAAGAUAAAACUGAAUAUGAUUGCUUAUGCUGCAAAGAAAGAACUGCUCACUAUCAAUUGGAAGACAUUGGAUCUGGCGCUUCAACUCCAGAUGGUAUUCCAUAUCAGUGUAGUGAAGAAAAAGAUUCUUAUACCAAUGGUUAUGCUUGUUCUGAGGAAAGGCGGUACAUCACUCCAGAUGCAAGCCUACGAGCUAAGUCCCAUAUCGAAAGAAACUUUCAUAGAAGCGGUGAAGUCACAAAUGCAAAUCGCACGCAUGCCCAGCAAUCCAAAUCCUUGAUGGCGAAGGACAAUAAUUGUAAAGCAGUAAGGCGGCAAAGGCGGGAGCACUGCGAGGAGCGUGUGCAGCCAGAUUCGAAGUGUGGUGAUAGGCGAAUAAGAGCUCAUUCAGUUCAGCGAUCAGUUUUAGCCCAAAGCAGAGGACCCACCAGCUAUACUUCGAUAGAUCCUCAGCCUCCUUCAGCCAAGCAUGAAACAAAGGACACCCAGACGGAAUGCUUGUGGCGGGAGAGGCCUACGCAAACAGAGCGGCAGAUCAGGAUGGAUAAAGGCUGUCAAGUGUGCCGAGAACGCAACCAGUUUCGGGAUCGGACCAAUCCUGCAUCAGCAAUUCCAUCUCAUUCCAAAAACUUUCCCUAUAAUUCAAUGGCAACCAUGCAAAGUGAAUGUGCUGAGGCUGUGAUGAAAGGCACCUAUUUCGAUGAAGAAUAUUGUGCUCCUGUCAUAUCCAAACUCGAAUCUUCGAGCAAUAGUAAGCCACUUGAACAAUUUUCCAGAAAAAGAACAGAUUACGUUCAUGUCCAUGAAGAGGGACACCCUGGGCUAUUGGAUUGCGGACAAGAUAGUCCAAGAACACCAAGAGAAAUUCAGCACAUUACCUAUAAGCAGUCUGUUUCGCAGCAGGUCCAGACUCCUCCAUAUAGUCCACGGACACCACUGCUAUCUUAUAGACAGCAUAAAAGUUCUAAAAACGAGUAUAUUACCCACACUCCACAAGCUGGCACAAAUUCCCGGAGCCAAAGUCCAUAUAGAAGUAGUCCUGUAGAAGAUCUAUCGUCGAGUUCUCAUAAAAGUUCUGGAAAAGUUUAUGAUACUCAGACCCGUCAAGUCGUCGCAAAUUCCCGAAGCAACAGUCCAUAUAGAAAUAAUCCAGCUGAAGAUCUAUCGUUAAGUCCUCAAUUACAACGCUCUCUGUGUCAGUACAUUCAAAAUAUGCCCGGACAUAUUGAUGACGCGUCUUUCCAAGUGGAUUCCCCCAGCUGCACCAAUGACAUACCCUCGAGAUGUGUGGUGGAGACUCGACCUGAAUGUGUUCAUUGUGAAGGAGAGCAUUGUGAACAGUCCUGUAAGCAGCAUAGCCCCAGAUCGUGUAUGUCUUCUUCCCCAAGACAAAUUUCAGUUUUGGAGACCGUCUGUGAAAAGCGCACGCGAACAGUGACCUUCGAGGACGAGAAAGGGGGCCAGACCAAGGAGGAGCAUACGAAGGAAAGUUGUAGCAGUCGCAUCGAUUGGGAGCGCGCCCUCAAAUAUCACACAUCAGAUCACGGCGAUGAGACGGAUUAUACGGGACCUAGCUCCACUUGCAGAUCCAGCAGCUCUGCGGAGCACACGUGCAAUGAGUCCACCUACGAUGAUGACUUCGCCAGCUGCGAUGAGUCGCAACCGCAGACGAUUCACAUGCGAAUACCUCCGUUUAAUGGUUGUCCCUGCAUGUACCAGACCUACUUGAAUCUGGCCACUAUGUGCCAGAACGAAGGUGGUGGCUUCAUUUAAUGAGAGUCCCUUAUCCGAGAUAAUCGCGCCCGUCGUUGCAUUAAAUCUUUAUUUAUUUUUGACAAUCUUAUAUUUUUACAAUUUCGAUAACCCAGCCAAACAAUAAAUUUGAGUUAACAUAAU